AGCCGCCGGAAGGGACGGGGCCGCGCUCUGCUUCCCGGUCACACCUUUGCCACCUGCAGCCGCCGCCGCUCGGCGCGGCCGUCCCGCAGGUCUGAAGGCGGUCGCAGGUGUGUUGGCGAGGCGAGCUCAGGCCGUGACCCAGCGGAGUCGGUGCCCCGAGUUCCCGAGCUGGCCAAGGCGGCGCCAGGGUCUGCAGAGACGCUCCGCUCCCAGGAGCACUGACAGUUAGUAAGAAGAGCACAGCUGAUCACAGAGCACCGGAUGGGGAUCUAUUUUCUGCUGUUAGUCGUAGGCCUUUGCUGGGGGCAGUACAACCCCAACACUCUCCCUAAGAGAACCUCUAUUGUGCAUCUCUUUGAAUGGCGCUGGCAGGAUAUUGCUCAGGAGUGUGAACGCUACUUAGCUCCUAAUGGAUUUGGAGGAGUUCAGAUUUCACCUCCAAAUGAAAAUGUUAUCAUUACUGACCCCCAGCGACCGUGGUGGGAAAGAUACCAGCCUGUCAGCUACAAGCUGUGCACAAGAUCUGGAAAUGAAACUGAAUUUAGAGACAUGGUAACCCGGUGCAAUAAUGUUGGAGUGCACAUUUACGUGGAUGCAGUGAUCAACCAUAUGUGUGGAGCUAAUGCUGGGGCUGGUGACCAUGCUACUUGUGGAAGCUAUUUCAAUUCAAAGACUGAAGAUUUCCCAGCUGUGCCCUAUUCUAGCUGGGACUUUAAUGAUCAGAAAUGCAAAUCUAGAAGUGGAAACAUUGAGAAUUAUCAUGAUAUAUCUCAGGUGCGGGACUGCCGCCUGGCCAGCCUGCUGGACCUGGCCCUGGAGAAGGAGUACGUGCGCUCCAGGAUUGCCGGGUACCUGAACCAGCUUGUCGCCAUCGGUGUCGCGGGGUUCCGGAUCGAUGCUGCCAAGCACAUGUGGCCUGCGGAUGUCAAGGCCAUUUUAGACAAGCUGGAAGACCUAAACACUCAGUGGUUUCCUGCAGGAACUAAACCUUUCAUUUACCAAGAGGUAAUUGACUUGGGUGGAGAGCCCAUCACAGGCAGCCAGUACUUUGGAAAUGGCCGGGUGACAGAAUUCAAGUACGGUGCCAAACUGGGGACAGUGCUCCGCAAGUGGGACGGAGAAAAGAUGGCCUACUUAAAGAACAUGGUUAUCUUCCGUAAUGUGGUGGAUGGCGAGCCUUUCUCCAACUGGUGGGACAAUGGCAGCAAUCAAGUGGCUUUUGGCCGUGGUAACAAAGGCUUCAUCAUCUUCAAUAAUGAUGACUGGUCUUUGAAUGCAUCUCUGCAGACCGGUCUGCCUGCUGGCACUUACUGUGAUAUCAUUUCUGGGCAAAAGGAAGGUGACUUCUGUACAGCAGUAGAAGUUCAUGUUGCUGCUGAUGGUAUAGCUAAUUUCCUAAUUGGGAAUGACGAAGACGACCCAUUCAUUGCCAUUCAUGUUGAUGCUAAAUUAUAACCAAAUGUGUUGUGCAUGUGCUGUUCCUUCUCCUCCGUGUCUUUGUUAACAGCAAACAGAUGUACAGAAUGUCCUGGCUCUCAGGACUGCAUGAACCAAGACAGAGCAAAGCAUGUUGGCUGUAAUACUAAUGAAAUAGUGAGCAGCUACUGUACAGAGAUGGGAGCUGGUGGUGCCAUUGCAGAUCUGGGAGUGGAUUAUACAUUUGUGUGCAUUUGUAAGUGUACUUUAUUCAGUUACGGUACUAAUAAAAAAAUGGAAGGAGAAGAUUGACAUUAUUAAAUUUUAAAUCGUG